AUGUCCUCCCACGGUGAUGCGGUCCCGGAAGCAUCGUGCGACUCUGGUUCGAGCGACGUCCCCGAGCUCCCCCCCCCGCCGAACCCUGCCUCCGAUCCCAGUCUUCUGACGGGCGAUCACGAGGAGCAAAUGGAGCGGGGGGUCGCGAGGGACGAAGGAAGGAGGGAGAAGGAGGAGGGAGAUGCGGUAGUAGCACGGCGCCAUAACGCGAAAGCCCACUCCAAAAAACCGCCACCGAUCAGCAUCGAGGACUAUCUUGCGCGUUUACACCGGUUUUGUCCCAUGAGUACCGCGGUGUACCUGGCUACAAGCCUGUACAUCCAUCGUCUCGCGGUCGAUGAACGAGCGAUACCUGUGACACGUAGGAAUUGCCACAGGUUAGUUCUCGCGGGAUUGCGCGUCGCCAUGAAGGCGCUCGAAGACCUCAGCUAUGCGCACGGCAAGAUGGCCAAGGUUGGUGGCGUCAGCGAAGUCGAAUUGGCCCGAUUGGAAAUCAGCUUUUGCUUUCUGGCCAAUUUCGAACUGGUUGUCAGAGAGGACGCGUUGCAGAAGCACGCUGAUGUGCUCCGAGAGGGAACAUCGUUCCAUGUCCUUCGCCAGGGCGUUCCGACCCUGACGCUCAACCGAAGGCCCAAGGAAAGAGUACUCACCGCCGAGGGCAAAGAGAAUGAAGUAAAGUAA